ACUAACGCUAGUUCAGUAGCUGCUUUUCUCUCGUCCGUGUCUCUCCUGUUGGGAAGUUGUCAGCGCUCGUCUUGACCGUGCAGCACAGCAGUAUUAUGCAAGCACCGCCCGGAGUGUGGGGGCACCGUGUGAACUGAGUUUCUUUGAAUCAUCUAUAUGGGCCAUCUUCUCUCGAAAAAUGGUUACCGUCUGAAGAAAAGGACACGCAAGCUACAUCACAGGAAGAAGAAGAAGAGGAACUGUUUCCUGCAAGGCCCGUGCAUGCUGUGCUUCAUCGUCCACAGCAACAGCAGCGGUCUUGACGACGACAGCGACCACCUGGAAACUGGUAUCAACGGCAGCGGGUGCCGUCACAACAGCAUCACUGGAAUCAGUGUCCCUGGUGUGGGUGGAGUUGGCAUUGGAGCGGCAGCUGCCUCGAAGCUUGCUGAACGAUACGCAACACUCGCAUCUCCUGAGGACUGCUCCAAGUUCCUGUUGUCACCCCGGGAGCUAGCUAUCUGGGAGGGCCAGGGGAGGAGUCUGCUGUCAGCGGUUCCUGCCAAAUUGAUCCCGUCACCUGCGCUGUUUCGAACAGCUGGGGUGUCUGUGACUGUGUCCAUACCUGUGCCUGUACCUGGCAGCACCAGCGACUACACUGAGAUGGUGUGCAAGAGGAAGUGUUCGGAGGUGCAGAGGUGCACCCCCUGUAAGCAGCCGCGCUGUGCCUUUGCUGCCCCGGAUGGAGGGCUGGAGAACGGAGGAGUGGGAGGGGGCGGGGGAGAGGCCUCGUCGAACUCUGAAACUGGCCACUGCCACCUUCCCCUCUGUCCACUUCCAUCCUCCUCCUCUUCUACUUCUUCUUCAUCCUCCUCUUCCUCCUUACCUGCUGACGGCUGCUGUGGGUUGGGUCUUCAUGCCGAUUUCCCCCACAGUUCAGACUCGUCCCCCUGCUGCCUGCAUCACUAUGACGACUGCCAGGCGAGAGGUUCUGAUGCUGCUGAUCACUUAAGUAUCAACCACCUGCCUUCCUCCAUCCUUCUUAAGGUGCUCUCACACUUGACGGUGAAGGAGCGCUGCCUGUGUGCCUCUCUGGUUUGUAAGUACUGGAGGGACCUCUGCCUGGACUUCCAGUUCUGGAAGCAAAUUGACCUUAGUGGCUUACAACAAGUAAAUGAUGAUCUUCUGGUGAAAAUAGCCUCUCGGAGGCAGAAUGUGACCGAGAUAAACAUCUCAGACUGCCGUGGCGUCCACGACCAUGGUGUUUCAGCACUGGCUUCCCACUGUCCAGGCCUGCAGAAGUAUACAGCAUAUCGUUGCAAGCAGCUGGGUGACAUGUCUCUGUCGGCCUUGGCCACACACUGCCCUCUGCUGGUGAAGGUGCAUGUUGGAAACCAGGACAAACUAACAGAUGAAGCAUUAAAAAAGCUGGGAGAGCACUGCAGUGAGCUGAAGGACAUCCACUUGGGUCAGUGCUACAGUAUCACUGAUGAAGGCAUGGUGGCUUUGGCGAGAGGAUGUCCCAAACUGCAGAGACUCUACUUGCAAGAGAACAAAUUGGUCACUGAUCGGUCCGUGCGAGCGGUUGCAGAGCAUUGUCCUGAGCUGCAGUUUGUUGGCUUCAUGGGAUGCCCUGUGACGUCUCAGGGAGUCAUCCAUCUUACAGCACUACGUAACUUGAGCGUCCUGGACCUGCGGCAUAUCUCUGAGCUGAACAAUGAGACGGUGAUGGAGGUGGUGAGGAAAUGUCGCAACCUCAGCUCACUCAACCUCUGCCUAAACUGGAGCAUUAACGACAGGUGUGUGGAAAUCAUCGCCAAGGAGGGGAGAAGUUUGAAGGAGCUCUAUCUUGUGUCUUGUAAAAUCACAGACCACGCUCUGAUAGCCAUAGGCCAGUACAGCAGUACUAUAGAGACUGUGGAUGCUGGCUGGUGUAAGGACAUCACAGACCAGGGAGCCACACAGAUCGCUCAGAGCAGCAAGUCCCUCCGCUACCUGGGCCUCAUGAGAUGUGACAAGGUGAACGAGGAGACGGUGGAGCGACUGGUGGUCCAGUACCCUCACAUUGUGUUCAGCACAGUGAUGCAGGACUGCAAGAGAACCCUGGAGAGAGCUUAUCAAAUGGGCUGGAGCCCCAACACAUCAAAUACUUCGUAGCUACCGCUGGAUCACGCACAUGCACGCACACAGACCCCAGCAAAUAUACACACACACACACACAUACAGCUCCACCAAGGCCCAUUUUGUGUACAGACACACAUACACAAUAUUUGCAGCUCAGUCAUGUUUCCUUCUCAUUCACAGUUCAAACAUGCAUGUGAACAUGUAGCUCUACACACACUCAUACGCACACACACACACACACACACACACACACACACACACACACACACA